AUGUUACUUGGCUUUCAAAUUUUACCGCCGGAGAUUCAUCAAAUAAUUCUACAGGCUCUAUGCAAUGAACACGAGCCCAGUGUCCGGGCCUUUGCUGGCGCCAGCCGAUUUUGUUAUGCCCUGGCUUUGCCCUAUCUCUAUCAGACUCUCAAUAUCCCUGCGUCUGAAAGUAAGAAACUCAGCGACCGUGUUGAAUCUAUUACUCAGCUCUUUCAACAAAAUUCAGGCUUCCAAUACGUGAACCGACUUGUGGUCGGCGAAGAGCCGGCGUCGAGAGGAGCAGCAAGUGGCGGUUCAGAGGUGGAAGAAGGCACCGACCGAACUGAUCGCUUCGAAAACAACCUGCAUGGAUCCCUAGAUCGCUUUAACAGCAGGAAGAGUCUCUAUCGGUGGGCGGGGACGCAACAUCCACCGGAGUCAGAUUCCCCACCCACUGACGCCUGGCAGCAUCUGGCCAGUUUGAUCCAACGACUGCCCAGGCUACUGGAUCUGAUUUUUCUAUGCCAUCAUCAAUUUCCCUCUUGUCUGUUGGAGGCACUUCACCGUCAUCAUCCACGAUGCAAGCUUCACAUCCACAACUUCUUUCUACGGAGCUUGAAGAGCCCUGUGUUGGAUCCAUACGAGUUCCAAUUGGCCACUUCUCCAUGCCUUUUCAGCGUAAAGGGGAAGUACGAAGAUUCCUUUUGGCCAGGCUAUCCAGAGCCACGCAGACUGCCAUCACGAGAGCCCCUACCAGAUGGUGCCUAUCUCAAUGAAGCUAUCAUGCACAUGGCGUCUGGACUUGCUCCUAAUCUGAAAGAGGUCACUCUCUUUCGCCCGCCUGGUAGCGGUACACCUCCAAAAUCCCCUCUGCCACCUUGGCGGGGAUUUAGUCAAAAGAAGGAAAACAAUCUAGAAAAAGGCUCAAAGUCUGGCGCCUUAAGAUACCUUCGACUCGAUAAUACAUAUCUCAUCAAGAAAGACGAUAUCAAGUAUUGGGCGACUUGUACGGACUUCUCAGCUCUAGAAGUGUUCAAGCUUAAAGCGACACUCGAAACCGAUCUUCUACACUAUCUGAGCACCGAAGUCGAUCUCGCGCGUUUGAAAACAUUGGCCCUAACUCCCAAUGAGAUUGAGAAUAAUGACUACCAGCAAUUCAACAUCUUCAUCCAACAGUUGCGGCCAUUGUCCUCUUUGGAGUUAAAGGGCUGGAUGCUCAGCUCUGUAUUGGAUGGCAUCAUGAAUGGCCACGGGACCAGCUUAGUGGAAUUGAAGCUGGCAGAGAGCCAGGGCAAUGAAUCCGUCGGGUCAAUUAAGAAGCAUGAUCUAUCGGCAAUUGCCCAAAGCUGCCCUUUGCUCCGAUAUCUGGAUCUGACUUUGGAUCGCACAGGAGGAGAUUCUGAGGAGGCCGCUCUGUACAAGAUACUAGGAUCCCUGCCACGGCUAAAAUGCGUCUCCUUGACAUUUCACGUUUCGAAAACCUGGGACUACAUAGAUGGUCCCGGGGACAUGGACGAUUUGGUCAACACGGAUUUUGACGAUGAAUUCGAUCAACAAGUGCAAUGGGCCGUUCGUCGAGCGGCCGGUGGCUCUGAAGCGUGCAAUGGCGCGAUUCGGGAGCGGCUUGUUAACUGUGCGCUUGACUCAGCCCUUGGGCGCGCCAUAUUCGGUGCAAUCUCAGCGGGCAAGCCCGAAGGCUCCGUCUCAUUGGAGAAAUUGCGUAUAAAAACGACUGAUGUGGUAGAGUUCGGGGGAGUCGGAUGUCCGAUGGAAUUGAUCCCGAUCCUGGAACACCUGAGUCAGCCUAUGCGGAUUACAAGGUGUGUUCGCAAUGAUUCUCGGAAUGAGCUGAUAGUGGAACAAGAACCAAGUGAUGAAUUGCCAUCUGAGUUCCCUGAAUGGCUUGAAGUCAUCUGGCGUCGCAUUUGGCCUGAGAAGAUGUCAAAUGAAUGGUGGAAUGACUGGCAUAGUUUGCCUCUUGCAGAGGUGGAUGCUUAA